GCCGUCCUGAAGAUCAACUGAACCAACAUUUAUUCACCUCAUAGAAACCUCAUCGAGCAGAAACACACUUCAACUGUUUUAGAGACACAGAGUUAAAGAGACAACACAGAGAAACUCUCUCUCUCUCUCUCUCUCUCUCUCUCUCUCUCUCUCUCUCUCUCUCUCUCUCUCUCUCUCUCUCUCUCUCCCUCUUUUCUCUCUCCCUCUCUCUGUCUUCUCUCUCUCUCUCUCUCUCUCUCUCUCUCUCUCUCUCUCUCUCUCUCUCUCUCUCUCUCUCUCUCUGAUCGCCGGACUCCUCAGCUGAUCACAAGAGUUCUAUUUUUUCCGGACGCCGGAGCAUGGCGGAUAAAUUCAGCACAGAUUAACCCGUGCUGGAAAGGAAGUCGGGCACAGACACAAAAUAAAACAUCCGGCUUCUUUUCAAAAUAAAACACUCCGUGUUUCAGGAGGAUCGUAUUUCACACCAUGCAAACGGGCGGAGACGAACAAGUGAAAGGUUUUUAGACGUCAUUUCACCCCGAUGACACCAUGGAUGAGGAGAUGCUGAUUCUAGAAGUCUAGAAGUAGAUUUCCUCCUCUGGAAGGACACAAUCUACUGCUUAUAUGUCUAUGUGUCUGUCUUUAGAGAGACAACUUGUUAUCGUGUGAUUGAACGUGAAUCUGCAGGUUCUUGUGAUCACCGCUGUCCAUAAUCCACCAUAAAAUUUGCCUCACCAACAGACGUUAUGACGUGGAGACCAGCGUAAAGGUCACUACAAUGACGACCAAGUAUUACUGUAACACUUGUUUUGAUCACAAUAUCAAUAUUCUUAAUCCACGCAGUUGUGGUCAGUAACAGAGGUCACUGAAGCAGCCCUGAAAGCGCUGUUAACCCUUCGCUGACCCUAACAAACCUCAGCCCUGACACUGACAGGGAGCUCUGAAUCCUUUUAGCUUCACUGGUUUAUAAGUCGCUCAGUUUUCUCUGCAGCGUUCUUCUUCUUCAUGGAUUUUAUUCAAACUCAAAUUUUCACUUUGUCACUCAUUGAUACGUCGUCAGAAACACUCAAAUGAUGAGAUCCAUUUUCAGUCAGCCGUUCUCAUCGUACCAACAUUCAGUUAGUCAAACUCUGUUAAAGGUGUUGUAGUCAGGAUCUGAGGAGGUUCCAGUUUUUAGGAGAAAUCUUGAAUGUAAACUCUACCCCUCCCAACCAGUUUUCCCCUCAGCUCCUCCUCUCCCCUCAAGCCCCGCCCACAAACAGACGCUCCUGCUCGCUCGUAUCGUUCCAAUUAAAUUCAGAUAUAAUGCAGAUAAAUACUUCAGAUCAUUACAAAUGGGGCCCAGUCAAGGUGAAAGUCAAAAGCAUUGGUGCUACUGUAGAUGCCAACAGACUACCAGCAAACACAAUGUUUGCAGGACUUCUACAACGAGGAUAAAGUGACAUAGUCCAGGACCCGAGGGAGGACAGUUUAGCGAUGGCGCUACAACACGCUACAGCAGGUCCGUUUGACAAGAAACACUUCUGUUACAGACACUUGUCUUACUUUGUUAAAGCGGUUUACCUGUCCAGCAGAAAGGUUACAGGGUCACCAAGAUCCCCAAGCGUCCCCCAUGGUUUAUGUUGACCCGGCUUUUUAGCUCUUGUCCGGUCUACCUCCGUUUUAAGCGCCCGUUAUUCCUCCAGAGUCUCCGGUAUUUACUUUGUUUUCUUGCUUGUGUCGGCAGUCGUGGCCAAAGGAGGAUUCAGACAAUUUUCCGAACUUUCUGGUUGGUUUCUACUGUCCGAUAUUGUAGCACGCUAACUUUGUUUGGGCUCCUGAACGACACGGGGGAGCAGCGUCUGCCUCACAACCAAUCAGGUUAGAGGAGGUGGAGAACGGCUUUGUUUACAGUCAGAAAGAGCGGACCGCUCAAAAAUGUUCAAAUGUUGACUACACAGACAAAAGAGAACACAGAGAUAUCGAUAUAUUACCAAAUAAUCAAUAACUAAUAACUGUUGACUGAUAUUAAAGAGUUUUUGUUUAUAAACAAAAUAAAAAGAUGUCUUCUCCACCUUUAAUCUGACGAAUAUUUCAGAGACUAAAUCUAAAGUUCAGUGAGACAAACAUCUUCGGUUCAUCAGGCUGUAAAUAAAAAAACAUCAAAAAC